GUGCCUCACGAUACAUGAAGCCGGCCCUAAUCAUCCCUACCCUUUGGGUACAAAGUGUACAAGAAACAUUGCUCUACCGUCAAAUCUGACUCAAUUUGGCUGGCUGUUGCGACCAAAUUUGAAUUCCUAAAAAAAGUUGAGAAAUCCAUGGAGGCCGGGAAGAGGAAGAGAGCAGGUAAUGAAGAGGAGGGAAGAGAAGCUCGUUACCGGGGAGUUCGCCGGCGGCCAUGGGGGAAGUUUGUGGCGGAGAUACGUGACUCUUCAAGAAAUGGGGCUCGCCAGUUUCUGGGAAAAUUUGAUACAGCGGAAGAGGCGGCAAGAGCUUAUGACCAAGCUGCUUUUGCUUCCCGUGGCCAUCAAACUAUCCUCAACUUCCCAAAUGAGUACCAACAUCAUCAUCAAAACUCGAGCUCUUCGUCGGCAACUAUGGCAUCCUUAUCGUCGUCCUUCUCCUCUUCAGGUGCUCCUGGCCGGAGUAGCUGUUUGUCGAGUGGACAAGAAGGGGAAGAUAAGGGGAAGGUAGCUAAUCCCACUCAUAAACUACCAGGUGAGGGAACACAAGAGGAGGGAAGAGGAGGGAAGAGGGAGAGAGCAGGUAAUGAAGAGGAGGGAAGAGAAGCUCGUUUCCGGGGAGUUCGCCGGCGGCCAUGGGGGAAGUUUGCGGCCGAGAUACGUGACCCUUCAAGAAAUGGGGCUCGCCAGUGUGUGGGAACAUUUGAUACAGCGGAAGAGGCGGCAAGAGCUUAUGACCGAGCUGCUUUUGCUUCCCGUGGCCAUCAAGCUAUCCUCAACUUCCCAAAUGAGUACCAAAAUCAUCAUCAAAACUCGAGCUCUUCGUCGGCAUCUAUGAAAUCCUUAUCGUUGUCCUCCUCCUCUUCAGGUGCUCCUGGCCGGAGUAGUUGUUUGUCGAGUGGACAAGAAGGGGAAGAUAAGUUGAAGGUAGCUAAUCCCACUCAUAAAACACCAGUUGACUAUUUUCAUAAUCGUCUCCUAGUCGGGAUUCCAAUUGGGGUCGCAACGUUUAACGACCUAGAGUUUUGGCUUAUUGAUGAGGAUCAUUGGGUUUAUGUCUGUUUUGAAUAAUAAUAUUUCAUAGGGACCUUUUCUUUUUGAUUAUGUAUAGCUUAAAACACUGUAGGCUGGAUUUUUAAAGCGGAUGGCAAUGACCUCCCUAUAACGUAGAUCUUCAUAGACCGGACCAACUUUUGAUAUAUUGUAUAGUGUUUUCUUUUGUUGAUCCCUUGUAUUGUUUUGUACUAACCUAAAAUUGCAAUAUAUAUAAAAGUAGGAUGAAGUUAAUUCUCUUA